GGAAAAAUUUAGAAUAUUUAAAUAUCCGAAGGUAUCCCGAAAGUCGACCGAAGUGGAAACGAAGAUGAAACUGCUGGAAAAUGUAAGUGAUUUCGCGGGUUCGUUUAGCCAAGAUGGCGGACAGUUAUGGAGUGGUAGAAGGUCAAUUUGACGACGCUGUCGACGCCGACGACGCGGAGCCCUGCAGGUGUGAUACUAGGGAUGUAAAUAUGUAUGGGGACCUUUGUGAUAUAUUUGUUUCUGUGUGUGUUCACGCCGGGCAAGCUGAAAAGUUUGCUUGAACGCGGUGGGACCGCGACCCGCGACCUUUGGUUUGCCAGUCCAAUACUCUACCAACUGAGCUACGAUGUCAAGUCUGUUCGAGUGGGCAGAUUUUGUCCUAAACAAUUCGAAAUGAAUAAAAAAGUAUUUGUUGUGGUUAUUUAUCCGACAGAUAUCACGCAUGCGUACAUACAUAUUCACGUUUUCAUUGACAAUAAUUUUUUUAUAAACCUGUCCUUCAUUCUAAGCCUUACUACCAGUUCUUAUCCUAACUGUUCUGGCCACUAUAGGUACAAGAAAUCUUACUCAUGCAUACACUUGAUCGAAAUUCCGCUCUGGGAUUUGAUCCGGGCAAUAGCACAUGCAAGGCCUUAACCACUCGACUAUCGAGGAAUUGCUUGAAAACAACCAAAUCUAUUUGGUAUCAUUUUAGCAGUGCCGCAGGGGAGGGGUGUAUAUUCGUAUAUUCAUGUUCACAUACGGUACCGUAAAAAACAAUCGCUUUCAAAAGAAAUCUGUCAGGCAGAACACAAAUAUAUGAAUAUAUGACCCCCUCCCCCAAUCAUCACACUAGGAACGGCCCUGCAUUUUAGCAUGUUUAUGUAAAUUACAUACAGAAAACACUUUUGUUGGAUCUAUAGCUAUAUAUAACUUAAAGUUUCGGUGUCUGAACAAUAUAACCAUGGCGAAAAGGUUUUUUUGUAAAUGCUUUUCAGUGACUUCACUAGUGGUGUGGGGGGGCUAAAUCAUCAAUAAAACCCCCAAUUAAUUAAUUUAGAAAGUUUCAUUUAGAUUUCUAUUUUAAUAAUUUUGGCUGUCAAAAAAAGUGGGGGGGCUAAAGCCCCCCCAGCCCCCCCGUCUCCGCGGUCCCUGUUUUAGGGUUAGGUUUGGGGCUGAAGUUGAUUUAUUUUAUGAAAAUUUAGAAAUCUAACUUUAAUUUGUAUUAUUAACAGAUUGUACACAGCAUGUAGUUUUUUUUCCAUAACCUAAUUGUCUAGCUCACCAGCUGCUGGAAAACUGACUUUUGCAAACUAAGUUGUAAAAAAACAUCUGCAUUAGGGUGGGGUGGGGGGGGGGGAGGGGUUAAGACUUGAAAGCAAUCGUGAAACAAAUUUGUGAAGCGAGACAAACUCUAUUUGUAGACAGUCCCUGUAUAUAUAGUAAUGUGUGUUGUAUUUAUAGUGAUAAUGAGCAGAGAAAUGCUGUGAUCAAUAUUGAAUAUGCUAGACGACCACAAGGUACAUAUUUACAUUCACUUGAGAAUAUAAACAGCUGGGUGAUCAGGGUAAAUACAGUAGGGUAAUACAUGUAACACCAAUGUGACGUCACACUCUGUAACACAUCACUGAUUGACUGAUCAUGCCACAAUCAGGAUUUGCCGAUUACUGAAUGUUCCGAGUCACACUCGGCCUGAUCGAAGUUUCAGUCAAAUAUAUGUAGACGUCAUCAUUCAGUCAAAUAUAUGUAGACGUCAUUAGAUGAAAUCUUGAAUGAUCUGUGGCAGUGUAAGUACGUACCAAUACAGUAGUAAGAUUAAUACAAGGAGAACCUUCAGUUGAUGUUUCGAGCAAAGGUAUAACUUCCCGACGAAGGGCCUUCGCUCGAAACGUCAAAGUUCUCCUUGUAUUUUUCAGGUACGGUAGUUGUAUAUCCCUAACAAUCCAAAGCUUUCUUGUCAUUAGAUGAAGUACCAUAUAUAGAAUUUUAUGUAUCAAGCAUGAUUUAAUUUUACCAUUGUCAGUGUGUUUGGCUAGUUCAUCUUCUGUUGAUAGUUCCUCUUGGAUGUCUCUACUUAAGAUUGACAUUCACUAUUGAGAUAAUCCGUAAGAUAUGUGGAUGUAGUGACAGAUCAAUCUAACAUUCUGUUAAUUAUAUAUUUUGACAGGGUCCAUGUCAGUCGACAAACAUGAUUUUGAAAACAUGGAUGUUGAUGAUGAUGAGAGUGACGAUGAAGAUUUUGACGAUUGGGACUGGCAGGAACAAAGUGGAGGUGCAUGGGAUAUUGAAUAUUCAUUUGAAACGUGUCAUGCUCAUCACAUUUUAUUUUAUUUUAACCCAUUGAGCAGCAGCACUCUCCCCUUGAUGAAUAAAAUCUUGCAUUAGACAGAAAAUAAUAAUUAUAAAGUAGGGUGUUUCAUUGCACAAUUUGACUCAACAACUCACAAACUUAUAGUUUUUACCUGAAGGUUGUAAAGUUGUACAUAUUAGAUCACACAUUUUAUAAGUUAAUUAUACUGUUAUGGUCAUUUUAGAUCUGACAAAGAAUUACAAUGCAAGCAAAAAUCAAAUGAACAUGGUAUUGUGAUCAUCUUUUUUUUGUUAAAUUAUAUCUUGGCAAUUAUUAGAAUUAUAAAGAUCUUGCAAUUAAUUGCCUAAUCUGCUUUUUGUGUUAACAGAAUGUCAAUAAAUGCAACAGUCAAAACCAGUCAUACCAGGUGAAAAAAUUACAUUUGAAAUUUACUCAAAUGAGAAAUGUAUUAUUAUAGUAAAUGCAAUUGCUUCAAUAAUAAAAGCGAAAAUAUAUUGUUAUUGAAAUUAUUUUACCAUUUAGCCAAACGAGAAAGCUUGGCAAAAGUUCAACAACAAGAUUCGAAUAGGUACAAUGUGAUUUUAUAAAGAGAACACCCAAAUUUUGCAAACAUGAAUGAUAUAUAUUCUUUUGUUGAAAUUGUGUAGAAAAAUACGAAGGCCCCAAGCUACCCAACACCACUGCAAACAUCUUGAUUGAAUCAGAAAAAAGACGAGAAAAUGGAAGGUAUUAAUAUUGAGUUUUGUAUAAGUUGCACACAUAAAAACGCACAAGUUGUAACAAAGCUGCAGCAGACUUGUAGCAAUGCUGUUCCAACAGCUUGUCAACAGGAUGUGUUCACAAUGUUUGUUCCCAGCUUGUUGAUGAGUUACUACAAGGUUGUUGAGCUCAACACUCACGUCAGACUUGUUACAGGUUGUUCCAACAACUUUUUAUCGUCCUGCAAUUCAACAGUUUGUCAACAAGUUGUGAGUGACAACCUUGUAGCAACUUGAUAAAAUAACAUUUGUUACAACUUGUUGACAAGCUUGCUACAAGUCUGUUGCGAACACAUCUUGUUGACAAGUUGUGAGAUUUUUACGUGAGUAAUUCGAUCGUAGAAUUACAAUAAAUGAAAGUAUGAAACAUAAACGAUGUCGAUUUUUAUGACGUAGAAUUCGUGUAAAAGACAAGUCAGAUCGCGCCACAAUGGAACAGGUAAAUUAGUUUGUUUUUUACACUUAGAAAAUUUCAUUUUUUGUCAUGUUUUAACGAAAAUUGGUACCUUUUUUUUUCGUGACUUUUUUUAGGUGCUCGAUCCUCGCACAAGAAUGAUCAUAUUCAAAUUGUUGUCACGCAAUUUUAUCACUGAGAUAAAUGGUUGCAUCAGUACUGGCAAGGAGGUACACACGUAAAAACGAACAAGUUGUAACAAACCUGCAGCAGACUUGUAGCAAUGCUGCUCCAACAACUUGUCAACAGGAUGUGUUCGCACUGCUUGUUCCCAGCUUGUUGACAACUUGCUACAAGGUUGUUGAGCUCAACAGACGUGUUACAAGUUGUUCCAACAACUUGUUAUCGUCCUGCAAUUCAACAAUUUGUCGAUAAGUUGUGAGUGACAACCUUGUAGCAACUUGAUAAAAUAACAGCAUUGUUACAAUUUGUUGACAAGCUUGCUACAAACCUGUUGCAGACACAUCUUGUUGACAAGUUGUGACAAUUUUUACGUGUGCAGUGUGAACUCAGUCUAAUUUUUUUUUAUUUCCAAGGCCAAUGUGUAUCACGCUUCAGCGAAAGAAGGAACAGAACGGGCAGUCAAGGUAUAAAAAUGAUGUGUUCUUUAUUUGGUUAUCGAAGUCUUCUCUUCAUUAUUUCUAUUUCUUAAUUUUUUGUUCGCCAGGUUUACAAGACGUCCAUUUUGAUCUUUAAAGAUCGAGACAAAUACGUUACUGGUGAAUUCAGGUGAGGACAGAACUGUCCGUGCAGUGGUAGAACGUGGAAAAAAAUAGACACGGAAAUAAUACUCGUAUAUAAAAAAUUAAGGUCUUUUGUCGGGAGAAAAACAUGAGAUAUUUUUACCACUUCCGAUUACGGCAAGUUAGACAUAAAAAUUGGUACUGUACGUACCCAGAAUAAAAUUAACUUGCCAUCAGGUCCAGCUUUGCCCUCGCAUAUUAACAAAAUUUGAAGCAAAUUAUUGCAGUAAGGAUAUAUUUAUUAAUCAACAUUCUAUAUGUUUUCUUUAACGAACUCAUUUGAAGACUUAAUCAUGAAGUGUUGAUUUCAGUUGAUUUACUAAUAAAGAAUCAAUUAAAACAGAAUGCGUAACAUAAACAAACAAACAAUUUUGUGUAGCAAUUAGUUUCUGGGAAAACAUAAUUAAAACAACUUGCCCCAUCGGGCAACCAAACAGCAAGUUCUAUUUGCCCGUAAUGUUUUUUACUUGCCCUAGAUCUAGGCAAGCGCUAAGUUACAUCCACUGGAAUGGACUCAGGGUUCCCAAUAGAAUAUGGAGUAGAAGCUUUUUGAAAGAAAUACGUAUAGGCGGCUCUUUGGUGCCGAAUGUACACUGAACGUUUUGAAAUGUAGGCCCAAUGCAUUAAGCAGGCAUUUCCAACCACUUGGAAGAGUUGUUUUUGAGAUGAUUUCGUCACAUUAUCCAAAACAUUCAAUAAAGAUUAUCGUGUAAAAUUUAUGCUUUAGAAAGUACUAAUUAAAAGCCUCCUGGACAUUUCUGUAGCAAGACGGGUUUCCGAAAUUAUUGAAUUUUGAGAAACAAUCGGCUAUCAUCUACGUUAUAGGCGGAGAUAUUCGCCGGGCAUGGAAACUUAACUCCAUAAUAUGAGAGUUUUUUCCCUUAGAUUUCGUCAUGGAUAUUGUCGUCAUAAUCCGAGGAAAAUGGUUCGAACAUGGGCUGAGAAAGAGAUGAGAAAUCUUACAAGGUACACUGUAAACACAAAAUGGUUAAACAACCAAUUUAUGUAUGGGGUUAUUUUCACGACAUGUUUGCAGUAUAUCAACUUGAUGUAAUCAUACAUUUUUAUUCGUCUUUUGUCUAGGUAUCUGAAGUCGUGUGUUUUUCUACACUGGGAAGAAACUGUCAAAUCCAUACUACGAAAUUUGCAAUUGCACCACUAAAUCCAUAGUAUAUCCAGGCCAUUUCCAAUCGAUAUUAUAUCCAUGCAUAGUAUAGAAAUAUACAAUUAUUAUGGAUAACCAAAAUCCAUUCUAUUUCCAAUAAAUUAAGGUCCAUACAAUUUCCAUUCUAUGACGUUCUAUGGAUUUUCAAUUUUUUUUCCAGUGCUAUGGUUAAUGCGUUAAUUUUCUCGUUAUCCACCUUACUGUACAUAACGGUUUUAGGUUGUAUAAAGCUGGUAUUCCAUGUCCGGAACCCAUUUUGUUGCGCAGCCAUGUUCUUGUCAUGGAAUUUCUUGGCACAAACGGAUGGUAGGUUAACUCUGAUAUGUAAGCCCCAAGCAAACGAUAAGGAUUUGAAAGCUUGCUGUGCAAAUAUUUGAACAUUUUUAUUUUUUAUUUUUGCUAAUAGCUACCGGACAAAAAUCAAUGUUUAUUUGCCUUGUAUUUUUUUACAGGCCUUCUCCCCUUCUCAAAGAUGUCAAUCUAACGGAGUCUAAAGCAAGAGAGUUGUACUUACAAUGUAUAAAAAUCACGAGAAAUAUUUUUUGGAAAGCGAGACUCGUUCAUGCAGAUCUCAGCGAGUUUAAUAUAAUGUAAGAGGGUGUUGAAAUUGGAUUACACACUACAGGGUGUAUAAAAAAAAACUGAACAGAUUUGAAAUUGCUCUCAAUUUUGCAAAAUACCUAUUUGUGUCUGGUUUUUUAUAUAUAUAGCUUCUUUGGGUACUUAUAAUGUAAAAUAUUGAAAAAAAUUUCUCGAUCUCAAAUUUUGUAAACCAGGGGUGUGUGUCUUUUCCAACAAACUAAAAAUGGCUCGCGCACAAAAUUUAAAAGCUGUAAUCAUAUUUUGAGUUAACAGAUUGAAAAUUUGUCGGGUUUUUAAUUACUGUACAAAAUUUCAGACAAUUUGGUUUAGUUUAAGCCCUUUAACUAUUCAUUUUGUUCUAAAAAGUCAGCCUUUCGCAUGCUUAAUUAAUGCCUUUACCUAAUUUGCAUAUUGCUGACAUAUGCAAAUUAGGCAAAUGCAUUAAUUAAGCAUGCAAAUAGCUGAUUUUUCGGGAAAAUUGUAACUUUGCGUGAAUAGUUAAGGGGCUUAAACUAAACCAAAUUGUCUGAAAUUUUGUACAUGCAGUAAUUAAAAUCCCGACAAACGUUUCAUCUGUUAACUCAAAAUAUGAUUGCAGCUUUUAAAUUUUGUGCGCGAGCCAUUUUUAGUUUGUUGGAAAAGACACACCCCCCUGGUUCACAAAAUUUAAGUUCGAGAAAUUUUUUUCAUUAUUUUACAUUAUAAGUACCCAAAGAAGCUAUAUAUAUAAAAACCCAGCUACAAAUAGCUGUUUUGCGAAAUUGAGAGCAAUUUUAAAUCUGUUCAGUUUCUUUUGAUACACCCUGUAUAUAUACUUCUUGAUUGAUCAGUUUCUUUGAUAUUUCAUAUACCCUCAUUCGUCAUUCAGUCGACUUGUGUAAAAACUCUGUUUGUUUUUCAAGCUAUCACAAUGACGGAAUCUACAUAAUCGAUGUCUCUCAAUCAGUAGAACAUGAUCAUCCACAUGCCCUGGAAUUCCUGCGGAAAGAUUGUACCAAUAUUUCAGGUACACGCGUAAAAAUCUUACAGCCUGUCAACAAGGUUGGUGAGGCCAACAGACUUUUUGUUCCAACAAGUGUGAUAUCGUCUGCACAUAAAAAGAAAAGUUGUCAACAAGUUGAUGACAAUAAGCUCGUAGCAACCUGUUACGAACAGACUGUAUUAGUCUUGUUGGAACAACUUGUAGCAAGUCUGUGAAUUACCGUCAUCAACCUUGUAACAAGGUUAUAACAACUUGUUCCAGGGAACUGAGUCAGCAUACUCAAACAUUUCUUACAAAUCGUCAAAACUUAGAAUUUACUUACCGUAUAUGCAAAAUUCCUACUGUGAUAACAGAAACUUUGAUAGCUUAAACGUUCUAUAUGUUUACACUAUCUAAAACAAUGGUAUAGCUAGGGAUGGGAGUUAUCCGAAAUGUGCGAAGCAUAAAUGGGAUCUGAUCGGUUAUAUACCAGGACGUAUUGUUCGACGGGAUCUUGUUUUCUUUGUUUAUACAGUAUAAACUGUUUGUCUUUCUCAGAAUUUUUCCGAAAGAAUGGUGUUUGCGUAAUGACAGUUCGAGAAACGUUUGAUUUCGUCACGGAUCCGAAUAUCACUGAAGAUAAUCUCGAGGAAUAUUUAGAAAAGGUCAGUUGUCACACGUGAGAGUAUUUGGAUAUUGACUCGAUUUAAAUAUUAAUUGAAGGGUUUUUUGUAGAUGAAUAUUUUGAGCGGAAGGCUAUAUAUUUGUACAUUUUCACACCUAACCAGGUGCAGUUGCGAAAAAUGCAUCUCUAUGCCCUCUGGCAGGAAAAUGCAUCUCUAUGCCCCUCUGCAGCGCUCUAACAUGAGCUACAUACAUAAAACUAUUUUUCAUGUUGUUAGUACGCGGUUUUGGUAAACUAAGACCGCUUGAAAUGUCCCAAAGAUUGUAGUUUAUUACUUUAUUUUCUCAUUUUUGUAUGAAGAAAGAUUAGUGAGUGAUUUGGGACCAAUAUUAUUUAAUAGUUUAUACAUCGUUUUUGUUUUAGCUUUCUUCUUUUCUGUUUCGAGUGGCUCCCAGCCCAAUGCAUGUAAAGCAGUAGAAUUAUUUACGUCAUCGCUCAUGUGAGAUACCCGAAAUCUCGUUAAGUAUGAAUUCAUUGCCUCCAAAGACGAAGAGUCAGUUUGGAAACCAUGAGUAGAGGUCGAUGAUAAACAUGAAGGUGGAACGAUAUAAUCGUGUUUGGCUAAAAAAACCCACUUAGAACUGUGUGCAGAUCGUGCAGCGGUAUUUAACGCGCGGAAGUGAGGUCUGACGUGUAUUUUUGCACGAUGGGAUACCGCCCUGGUGGGAUACUUCAUGAUGUGCUAAGUUUGUUUGAAUUUUAAAUUUUUGCCUAGGCUCAGCAAGUUGCUUUGUCUCGUUCGGAAGAAGAGAAAAAGAAUGCAGAAGAUGAAGUAAAAGAGGAGGUAUGUACUACUUGCAUCAGAAAGUGAUUGACAAAGAAGAUAAACAUUUGAAACAGUUAAAACAAAAAGAUCUUCCAGGUUCAGAAAACAGAUUGAAUUAUUUAUUUCAGGUGUUUAAGAAUGCGUUUAUUCCACGAACUUUGGAAGCUGUCCUGGAUUUCGAAAACGACAUGCAGAAAGCGAGGCAAGGUGACACGCAGGAGGUAUAGGAAUAACGUCUUUUCUUUCACCGUGUGUGGCGCAGUCGUGUGUGGGUUUCAUUCUCGCUACGGACCCAUGACACUUACGUGAAAAGAGUUAGUCGACGCUCUGCCAAAAGUCGUGGGUUCUCUCCGAGGACCCCCACAGGGAAUCUCGACAGGGUGGGUUGGGACAAGCCCCUAACUGACCCUUCCACCGUAGCUGUACUCCGUGAUCAGACAUGAGUCAUAAGGUGGCUGCCAGAGGCGCCCUUAGAAAACCUUCGACUCGAUCAGUUUAAGCUGCAUCCUUCGUAAUUCAGCUUAACUCUCAGCUGUAAGUACAGUAAGGAUUAUUAGCGUACACCAACUUACUUAUAUAGAAUUAAGGUUACAGAACACCUUUGAGUGUUAAUUUUGCCUAAAUUUUUUUUAUUGGUUUCAAUGAAAGCAUUAGACUAGUUCUACUAUCUGACCAAGUUUGAACGAAAAAUGUAGAAAGUUAUUUAGUAAAAUACAUUUCGCUGCAAUAAGGAAAACAUUGAAAAUGUAAUAUUCAAAUUCAAUUUUCUCCCGAAACAUUUUACGGUAAUUACUGAUUUUCAAACAAGUUGUGCUCCUGCGGGUUUUAACCAAUUUUUCUCAAAUUUUCACAGGACAUAGCUAAAUACAUCAGUUUCAAAAUUGUGUUCGGCUUUUUUUAAAUUUUGGAUAUUUUAAAAAUAAAGAGCAAUUCACUCAAACAAUUCAGAAAUAUAUUGCAGUCGUCAAAGAAAUCGCCAUAUCAGCGGAAUGACGAAAUAAACAAAAAUUUCCGAACACAAUUUUUUAGAACAACUAUUUUACUGUGUAAAAAUGAUAUUUUCAUAAAUAUAACUUAAAACCAGCAGGAGCACAACUCAAAAGCGUAAAGGUACCGCGAUUUAAGAUUUUCCUGAAUAAUUCUUACAUUAUUUUAUUGUUUGUUAAUUUUACAACUUUACCAUAUUUUGCAUGCACUGGAGAACAUUUGGUGAAAAUUUGAUGAAAAUCGGACUGAUAUUGAGCGCGCAGUAGCGAUUUUCCGCAAAACGCCAAAAAGGGUGUCCUAUAACCUUAACAUUCUUUCUUUCAGUAUGUUAAUAAUGCGCUGUUUAUUUGUUAUAUGUGGAAUUUCUAUGUUUCUAGAUACUAUACAGAACAUUAACUGGAAUGAAAGCGGACCUUUCUGGGACCCAACAGGUAAGGAUGACUUUGGAAGAACGUACCGUAGCUAUCAAACAUAAAACAAGUCUCCACAUAAAACAAAUCUCAAAAAAAAUUUUCCACCUCUGAUAAUAACACUGGACUAAAAGGGAUGGCUCUUACUGGACCUCUAGAUACAACAUUUAAGCUAUAUCGGGAAUAAAGGAACUGCUGUAAUUGUUGAUUUCAGCAACCCGGGUUAUUUCAAGAGAAAUGUGAAGAUGAUUCUUCAGAAUGCCGUGAAGAGAACGAAAGUUCCUGUUCAACAUCGGAAAACGAGGAAACAGAAAACAUUUCAAACUUGAGCAAAGAAGACAGAAAAUUACAAAGAAAGGUACGUCGUCUUCCUUUACUGGCUUUUCAUUGUGUUUUGGUCCCCGGAGUAUUGAUCUUUUCUGCAUAAAAGUGGUGGUUCAGUGUAGGUGGUAUUCUACAAUAAGCUGUCGUGGUUUGUGUUUGAACUACUUGAAAAAGAUAUCUCAAACAUGGUGGUCCAGUGUAGGUAGUAUAAUAAUUCUACAAUAAGCUGCCGUGAUUUGUGUUUGAACUACUUGAAAAAGAUAUCUCAAACUUGGGUUAAACGUGGUGGUCCAGUGUAGAUAGUAGCUAUUCUACAAUAAGCUGCCGCGGUUCGUGUCCGAACUACCUCUAGUGAAAAAUAUCUCAAACGUGGUGGUCCAGUGUAGACUGGGCUAAGUACAUGAUAUAACAUUAAAUUUGGCCACUAAAGUCGCUAAUGGGUAAAAAUCUGAACAAUGAAAUGCAAUGUAGUAUUAUUUAGCAUGAAUGAAAGGUCACAAGAAGCUCAUGUAUAUAUAAAGAAGACAUCAAAAUUUAAACCACUUAAUGAUUUAAGCAAAUUCUUUUUAGGAACACAAGAAAUCAGUAAAGGAAGGGAACAGAGAACGAAGGAAAACAAAAACGCCAAAACAUGUAAAGAAACGAAAACAGAAACUAGCACAAGUAAAAAAAGGAAAAAAAUAACUUGAAAUAAAUUGUUUUUCGUUAUCUGCGAC